AUGCCAUCCUCAGCUUCACAAGGCAACCUUCCACCGCUGCCAUUACCACCAGGCAUACACGAAAACUAUGUGCAUUGCCACUCAAACGGUCUCACAUUCCACAUACUCGAGGCUGGAUAUACAUCACAGCGUAAUAAGCCUCUUGUCAUCCUCUGCCAUGGAUUUCCAGAGCUUGCCUUCUCUUGGAGAAAGGUGAUGCUCCCUCUUGCCGAGGCGGGCUACUACGUUGUCGCAUUUGACCAGCGAGGAUAUGGACGAACCACUGGCUGGGACAACUCGUCAUUCAUCAACACCAACAUGGCUCAAUUUGCUCUGACGAAUGUUGUCCGGGAUGUCGUCACGCUGGUCAAUGCGCUGGGCUAUCGAGAAGUCGAAUGCAUCGUGGGCCACGACUUUGGGGCAGUAACGGCCAGCAGGAGCGCCUUGAUGCGUCCAGACCUGUUCAAAAGCGUCGUUAUGAUGAGCCAUCCCUUCAAAAAAGCGCCUGCGACCCUCCCCUUCAACAUAGCUCACGGCCUUCAUGACUUUUUAAGAGGCUAUCUUCACGUCAAGUCUGCGGCCUGGAAAGAAAAUACCCCAUACCCUCUCAAGGCCUGGACGGCCGACGAGGUCGCAAAGAUGCCCUACUACUAUGUUCUGCCCCUCAACAAGACAAUGCCUGACACCAUUGCUGAUAUGAUGGCAACGGAAGACGCUUCUGCAACCAAACGCUGGAUGUCCGACGAAGACCUCGCAGUCUACGUACAAGAAUGGUCAAGGACUGGCUUCCAAGGCGGACUCAACUACUAUCGCACCACCACCGAUCCAGCGCUGAUGAAAGAUCUAGAGCUGUUCGCUGGCAAGAAGAUCGAGUGCCCGAGUACUUUUAUUUCAGGUGCUCAGGACUGGGGCAAUUAUCAGCAACCCGGGGCUAUAGAAGCGUUCCCAGAGUCUUGUUCUGACUUUCGUGGAAUCAAGUUCAUCGAUGGCGCGGGGCAUUGGCCUCAGCAGGAGCAGCCAGAGAGGGUUGUAGAAGAGAUCUUGGGGUUUCUCAAGGGGCUGUGAGGAGACUGCAAGAUUCGGUUUCGAUAGUUUCUCUCAAAUAUCCCAAGUCAGGCUACCACUUCCCUCAUCAGAACGAACGGUAGUCGCCAGCAUCCUACAGGAAGGCGUAAUUCUAUAAUCUUCCAUCUCCCAUAAUACUCCAGAGAAGAACUAGAAGCAGCAUAUCCAAGUACCUUGAACCCUGAC